AUGGCGACGUUCGCACCAUCGCCCACCAUGCCAGCUUCGAACCUGACGACAACUGAGGCGGAGACCGCUCUAGAAACUGACUUGGCUCUCCCCGGCAUCAAGCGUGGCAUUGCCAUUGGAGUAGCAUGUUCAGUGUCGGUCGUCGUUAUCGCCAUCCUUGCUUUCUUUGCCAUCAGACGAAGAAACCGUGUGCUAUCUCGAAGAGCGCAACUUCACACGACAAAAGCAGAGACUAUGGAUUCUGAAGCCGGGCUGCAAGAGAAGGCUUGGUGGGCCGCUACACCUGCGUCGUCACCAUCAUUACCUCCACCGCCACCUGUCGAAGCAGAUGCCCAGAUCAUCUACGAGCUGGACGCAGGCCAGAUACCCGAAUUACACGGCGACACCGCUGCGCAAGAAGUAGAUGGAAAUGACAACCACCACGACAUGUCGAAAGACGCAGAGGAUUUGUACGCCCAGAAGCUUGAGCAAUGGAGAGCUUGGAGUAUUGCAAUCGAGCCGAAUCCUUCGAGCCCUACCAUCGAGCCUGUGCAUUCGUGUCUACCACUACUCAUGGUGUCACCACCUGAAGCUUCCCCCGGUGAGGUGUCGCCGUUGUUACGCUCAUCGUGGGAUUAUUCCUCGCAGGAUGCUUCACCCAUCUCACCGCCUCCAAGCGCGCAUUUUCCAUCGGUCCAUCGCGAGCAUGCAAACACUUGA